CCGAGCCUAGGCACCUUCUCCACAGAGCAUCCCGACGGCAGUUCGCCCUGCCGGAAAAGAGCACGCCACCGCGGCAUUUUACGACGCCGGUGGUGAGAGGUCCUGUAAAAACUCUUGACUUCGCCACCGCACCUGGGGAAAGGCGGCGCGAUGUUUGGUGCGGGCGAGGAAGACGACACCGACUUCCUCUCGCCCAGCGGCGGUGCCAGAUUGGCCUCUCUCUUUGGACCAGAUCAAGCAGCUGCUGGCCACGGAAAUGAAUUCUUCCAGUAUACAGCCCCAAAGCAGCCUAAGAAAGGCCAGGCAACAGCAGCAACAGGAAAUCAGGCAACACUGAAACCAGCACCAAACACCGCAAGUACUUCCUCUGUACUGGUUGCAACAGCAGUCCAUGCAUAUCGAUACACAAAUGGUCAGUAUGUGAAGCAGGGCAAAUUUGGGGCUGCAGUCCUGGGGAACCACACAGCCAAGGAGUAUAAGGUUCUUCUUUAUAUCAGUAAGCAACAGCCGGUUACUGUUGCCAGGAUUCAUCUGAACUUUGAGUUAAUGGUUCAGCCCAACAACUAUAGUUCCUUUUAUGAUGACCAGAGACAAAACUGGUCCAUCAUGUUUGAGUCAGAAAAGGCUGCUAUGGAGUUCAGUAAACAGGUGUGCAUUGCCAAGUGCAAUAGCACCUCUUCACUGGGUACAGUGCUCUCACAGGACCUCAUUGUAGCAGAAGGCCCUGCUGUAGAAGUUGGAGAUUCUUUGGAAGUGGCUUAUACUGGCUGGCUCUUCCAGAAUCAUGUGUUGGGCCAGGUUUUUGACUCCACUGCUAACAAAGACAAGUUGCUUCGCCUGAAAUUAGGAUCAGGAAAAGUCAUUAAGGGCUGGGAAGAUGGGAUGCUGGGUAUGAGAAAAGGAGGGAAGCGGUUGCUUAUCAUCCCUCCAGCCUAUGCUGCUGGCUCUGAAGGAGUCAUAGGGUGGUUUCAAUCAAUGGACUCAAUCUUGGUGUUUGAAGUGGAGGUUAGGCGGGUGAAGUUUGCCAGAGAUUCUGGCUCCAAUGGACAGAGUGUUAGUUCUCGGGAUUCUGCAGCCCCUUCUCCCAUACCUGGUGCUGACAUCCUCUCUGCUGAUCCUGCUGUGUCACCACCCACAUCGAUGCCUUUCAAAUUAGGGGAGCCAACUCUUCGUAACAAAUCUAACUCCCUCAGUGAACAGCUUACAACAAAUACAACUCCUGAUACAGUCAAGGCCAAGUUGAUCUCUCGGAUGGCUAAAAUGGGCCAGCCCAUGUUGCCCAUCCUCCCACCACAGCUGGAUUCCAAUGAUUCAGAAAUUGAAGACGUGACUGCCCUGCGAGGGGCUGGGCAGCCCAUGGUGACUCCGUCUAUGCAGCCCUCUCUUCAGGCAGCCCAUACAGUGUUACCGCAGAUGACCUCACAAGCUCCUCAGCCUUCUGUUUCUGGGCUCCAAGCACCUUCUGCUGCCUUAAUGCAAGUUGCACCUCUCGAUUCCUACUCAGCUGUAUCUGGAAAUGCUCAGUCCUUGCAGCCUUAUGCAGGUACGCAAGCCUACGCCUAUCCCCAGGCAGCCACCGGCACUUCCCAGCUGCAGCCUGUCCGGCCCCUGUACCCCGUACCACUCUCUCAAGCUCCCCAUUUUCAAGGUUCAGGUGACAUGGCUUCAUUUCUCAUGACUGAAGCCCGGCAACAUAACACUGAAAUUCGAAUGGCAGUCAGCAAAGUGGCUGAUAAAAUGGAUCAUCUCAUGACCAAGGUUGAAGAGUUGCAGAAGCAUAGUGCUGGCAAUUCCCUGACCAUUCCUAGCAUGUCAGUUACAAUGGAAACAAGCAUGAUUAUGAAUAAUAUACAACGAAUUAUUCAGGAAAAUGAAAGAUUGAAGCAAGAACUCCUUGAAAAGAGCAGUCGAAUAGAAGAACAGAAUGACAAGAUUAGUGAACUAAUUGAUCGAAAUCAGAGGUAUGUUGAGCAGAGUAACCUGAUGAUGGAGAAGAGAAACAACUCACUUCAAACAGCCACAGAAAAUACACAGGCAAGAGUAUUGCAUGCUGAGCAAGAGAAGGCCAAGGUGACAGAAGAGCUAGCAGCAGCCACUGCACAGGUCUCUCAUCUGCAACUGAAAAUGACUGUUCACCAAAAAAAAGAAACAGAGCUGCAGAUGCAGCUGACGGAAAACCUGAAGGAGACAGAUCUCCUCAGGGGCCAACUUGCCAAACUGCAGGCCAAGUUCACAGAGCUCCAAGAAACAUCUGAGCAAGCACAGUCCAAAUUCAAAAAUGAAAAGCAGAGCCGUAGACAACUAGAACUCAAAGUGACAUCUCUGGAGGAGGAGCUGACUGACCUCCGAGCUGAGAAGGAGUCUCUAGAAAAGAACCUCUCAGAAAGGAAAAAGAAGUCAGCUCAAGAGCGCUGUCAGGCUGAGGAAGAGAUGGAUGAGAUUCGCAAGUCAUACCAAGAGGAGUUGGACAAACUUCGACAGCUCUUGAAAAAGGCCCGGGUCUCCACAGACCAAGCAGCUGCAGAGCAGCUAUCUCUAGUGCAGGCUGAGCUACAGACCCAUUGGGAAGCAAAAUGUGAACACCUGCUGGCCUCCGCCAAGGAUGAACACCUGCAGCGGUACCAGGAGGUGUGUGUGCAGAGAGAUGCCAACCAGCAAAAGCUGAUGCAACUUCAGGAAAAGUGUUUAGCCCUCCAGGCCCAAGUUUCAGCCCUGUCAGAGCAAAAUGAACAGCACAUCAAGGAAAUGGAGAAGGACAAGUCCCAGAUGUCUGGGCUUGAAGCUGCUGCUACAGACCCCUCAGAGAAGAUCAAGAAGAUAAUGAACCAGGUGUUCCAGUCCUUGAGGGGAGAGUUUGAGCUGGAGGAAUCUUACAAUGGCAUGACUAUUCUGGGGACCAUCAUGAAUACCAUCAAGAUGGUGACUCUUCAGCUGUUAAACCAACAGGAACGAAAGAAGGGAGAGAGCAGCAGUGAAGAAGAAGGAGGAGGAGGAGGAGAAACAGAAGGGAGACCUCAGAGACUUUCCCAUGAGCAAUCAGUCUCAGCCAGUUCUGAGCUGUCUCAAGAACGCCUGAAUAGGGAGAGGCAGGAGUCCCCCACUGUGCUGUCAGAUCAGGUAGUCACGGAAGCAAUCCCAUUGCCUCAUCAGGCUCAGGAUGAUGUCCAGAGAAAGAAAGGGGAACGUGCAGAAGUGGAAGCACUCUCAGAGGCAAAGGAUGAUUCCCUCCCACGUGAACUGGCUUGCAGCCCAUCCCAGAGCAUACUGGGGCCCCCGUCUUCAAUUCCACCAGAGCCUCCAGGUGCUGUAACCAUGGACCCUGAAUGUGAGGAGACACCUCCUGUCAUCCCGAUGGCGGCUAAGUUAGACAACCCAUUGGGAAAGGCCUGUGUUGAGGAAGUGGCCCCAGAUGGCCCAUGGCAAGAAAGCUCCACAAGCCCAUCCCUGACUUCAGACCCCAACAAGGGUGAUACACUGAUUUUAGGGCCUGAGAGCCCCAAAGGAAAGCAUCAGCCUCCAUCGUUUAAUAAAGAGGACGCUCUCACUAGCUCUGCUGGUUCCUCUAAGGAGCUGCUGAGCACAGAGGGAGGUUCCACAGAUCCAGGAGCAGCCCUGAGAUCCAGCCCCUGUUCUCGGCAUUCCAGUCUCUCUGGAGAUGAAGAGGAUGACCUAUUUAAAGGGGCAACUUUGAAAAUUCCAAGGCCCAAAGCAGAGCCUGAGGAAGAUGAAGAUGAAAUGAGCAUGAAGGGACGCCCGCCCCCGACACCCCUUUUUGGAGAUGACGAUGAUGAUGAUGACCUUGACUGGCUGGGAUGAAGACCCAGGAAACUGGUGCAAAGGUUUCUCUACUGUCGCUUCUCUAAGCAUGGUUUUGCACAAGCCAGCCCAGGUCUAGGUGAGCCACAGGGUGAGGUAAAGGUGAGCAUUCUGAAGACAAUGGUUCAGGUACCUGAGGUAGCCAACUUGAGUCCCGUCCUACCCGACCAAGUGAAGAGGAGUGGGACCCUGUCUUCAAAAUGCUGGUGUUUUCAACAGCUAACUGUGAUUCUGCCUCAGGGUCCCAGUUGGAGGAGGGCUGGUAGGUUUGCUACCAGCCAGUCACCAACAGGAGUUCUGCCCUCUUCCAAGCUUUUUAUUCUCUUCAUUAACUUUCAGACUGAUCCAAGGAACCCUCCUGUUUCUGACUCCAAAAGCUCAACUGUGUCCCCACAACAAGACCUGUCAUGUGGUAUGAGGCCUGCCUGGUAUAACCGAGGGUAGAUGACACCACCUAAAUCCUGGUUCGGUUAACCAGCUUUGCCUGCAGUCCUUGGACCUGUAUCUUUUUCUCUGCCUUAAAUCUGAUACAUGUCAAUGAAUAUUUGAAAUUAACAAAACUCAAAUAAAUUUCUGCAAUGAAACGUGA